AUGGAAUUUCAUUCAAAGAAAUUAGAGGGGCUUUAAAAUAAAUUAUUAAUUGGGUAAUUCAUUUAAGUAAUAUAAACAAUCGAUAAUUUGAGGAUAAACUUUGUCGAAUCUAUUUUGAAUAUGAAUUAUAGAAUCCAUUAAAUAAUUUGAUGGAUGAUUUGUCUGUAAAACAAUCAUUGUCAGAAUUCCUUAAUAAGAUCUAAGAUGUAAGUAGAAAAAUAAUUUAGAUUACAAGUUUAAUCAAUUUUGGUUUGAAACCUAUAGGCUUAUAUUUUAAAGGUGAAUUGCCAGAGUAUUGCAGAAACAAUAGCAUAUUAAAAAAGAUUUGCAAUAUUUUUAAUAUUGAUACUUUGUUAUUAUAUUCUCAAAAUUAAUAAUUGGCAUUCUCUUCAAAAGUACAUUAAUUUUUAAUAUUAAAAGAAUAUAACUACAAGUGUAGCAAAUAUCAAAAUUAUCGACUAAUUUGAUCUAAGAAGAAUUUAAUUAUAAACAAGUUUAAGAUUCAAUCUAGGAUAAUAAAUAAAUGUCUAAAACACAUUAGAUAAAGUCCGUAAAAAUUAUGAAAACUUAAAUCUCCUAAAUUAUGAUUAAAUAUUAUUGUAAUAACAAUAAUUGAAUGAAAUUACCAAUUAGAAAGAAAUCAUUUUAGGAUUUUUUGCAGCAUAAACAUAAUCAAGUGAAUGCGUUCAAAAUGAUUAAACUUUCAUACUUUAAGGGGACUUGUCGAUUUUAAUUUUAGCUGAUUCAAAAAUUACCAUACAAGAUAUAAGAACAGUAUAAAUUGCAUUAAUAUUUUAGUUAAUUUUGAAUGAUAUCUUAGAAUCAGUGAAAGUAAGAUUGUCAUAAGAAUUGAAUCCUCCAUGUUAUUUGGCUAAAAGAUUAUUAAUAACAUUUAAGUAGAAUGAUUUAGUAUUGUAAAAUUAUAUAGAUCAUGAAUUUAAUAAAGAGUAAGAAAUCAAUUACAUAAAUUAAUAUUUUCCAAAUUUGUAGAUUGAUUAGAUUAAAAUUAUGGAAAGUAAAUAAAUAAUAAAGCUUGAAUAACCAAAAUAAUAAUUAUAAUAAUAAUAAUAAUAGUAAGAGCAAGUUAAAGAAAAAAUUUAAGAGAAACCAAAAGAAGUAGUAGAACAAUAAAAUUAAUAGUAAUAAUAAGAAAUAAAAGGGAAAGUUAAAUAGGAAUAUUUAAUAAUGGUGGCAAUAUUUGGUAUACUGAUAGCAAUAUAUUUGAAAACAUUAUUUUGA